AUGGCAACCGGUAGCGGUGGCAUUAGUAGUUUGCCGGCUCCUCGGUCAAUGCUGCAGCAGCAGCUUGUCCGACUGCUGCUGGUGGCCCUAGUUUUGCUGGCCAUCGUCGGAGCGCAUCCGGGCAGUGCGGCAAGUGUCGGAGCGACUGACGGGGCAGUCAGUCUAGCGGAAGAUGAAGAUAGCAGCGGCGCUGUCGGUGCGUCCGAUGAAAUGGUUGCUGACGAAAGUUUCGAACAAGACGUCAGCCAAGCGCCGGACUCCAAGGAAGCUACUGAAGGAGCUCAGCGUGCGGAUGGUGAAGCCGCCGGAUGGCAGGAUUCGGAGGACUCGACGGAACCGUCGACGACGCCGGGCUUCAGUGCGGUAGCGACUACACCGAAGAUAGUGCCGGUCGUGAAGCAGUUAAGCCGCUACGAGCAGGGCCUCGAGGACUACGACGAAGCGGCAGACCGAGCCGAGCGGGAGCAACAGCAACAGCAGCAGGAGCUGGAACAGCAGGAGCAGGACACCGAGCAGCAGUCGUACAGCAAUAUGGUGAAACCGAUGCUGACAUUAUUUAAUGUGAUAAGCACAGUUUUAUCGUCCGCACGAUCGAUGCGAUCGAUGGUGUCCGGCAUGGCCUCGACUGACGGUGACAAUAAAAAUGUGAACAUCACCCUUGGCGGCGACUCAACAAGCCACGGCAGCAUCAGCAGCAGCGCAGAUAAUGAAACUGCGGCGGUCGAAGGUCGCUACAUCAAGGGUGACCCGCUGAAAGGAUACUACGAUGUCGUCAUCAGCGAGUAUUCGUACAAGUUUUGGGCCGUGUUUCAGGUGGUGACGGCGGCCGUGGUCAUCUACUCGACGUUCACCGCUAUCUACUACUCGAAGGUGGCCCCACUGACGUCGGAUUACGAUUACGUCGAUUACCUGAACGGGGACCGGUCGUUUGCCGGCGGCCGUUCGACAAGUGGCCAGCGGUCCAGUUCCGGGGUCCGAUCGAGGUCCACGGGCAGUGGGAUCUGGGACAAUUUGUCCAGCAGCUCAUGGUUCGGCCCAGCUGCCCAGGCAUUCACGCUCGUGAUGGAUGCGAUCGAACGGCAACCCAAAUGA